CUACAUUUAUACUCUCCUCCACCCCCUCUUCUUCAUCACAUACUAAACACAUUUCCUGGUUUCUUCUCUCCUCUCCAUUGCCUCUCAUGGCUUCAGGAUUAGAGAAACCCCGAGUGACGGAGAUACAUGUCCGGAUGGACUGUAAUGGAUGCGUACAGAAGAUCAAGAAAGCACUACAUGGCAUCAAUGGUAUAUAUGACCUCUACAUUGACUUCCCACAACAAAAGCUAACAAUAAUUGGGUGGGCAGAACCUGAGAAGAUAGUCAAAGCCAUUAAGAAGACGAGGAAGAUUGCCACCAUAUGUUCCCAUACAGAGCAACAAACAGAGCCUGCUCCUCCACCAACAGAACAAGCAGCACCAGAAGGUGGUGCACCAGCUCCAGCUGAUCCUCCACCAGCAGAGCAAGCACCACCAGCAGCCGAAGCAGUGCCACCAGCCGAAGCGGCCCCACCAGCAGAACCACCAAAAGAGUCACCACCACCAGAACUUCCAACACCAGAGGCAGCACCUGUGGCUGCAGAAGCCAACCCAGGCCACCAAAUGCACCACCCUCCAAGAGAUGUUGGAGAAGUUCAUACCAUAUACCAUCAUCCACCUGAUUAUGGAUACAGAUAUGGCUACUCUCAAGGCUACACUGGGUACUGGAACAGAUACCAUAACAGCCAAGGGCAUCCACAGGAGCCUACCCCUACCCCCAUCCCAAUGGGCCCCACCCCAACACCGACGCCACCAGUCUAUGUAACACACAGCUACAACACAUACAGGCCAUCACCUUAUGUCACUGAAUAUGAGUAUAUCCAGCCACCCCCUCAACCCACACAUCUCAGUAGGAUGAAUUACUACAAUGAGGAACAUCACAUUAAUGUCAGCAAUAGCAACGGGAAUAUCACAUCAAUUUUUAGUGACGAAAAUCCGAAUGCAUGUGCCGUAAUGUAGAGAAAGACAGAGAGAGAGGUUUUGGUGCUAAAGGGUUAUCAUCUUUUUCCUCAAAGGAAUCAAUCUCGGCAAGAAAGUUAAUGGAGAAUAUAUUUAGCGGAGAAAAUAUAAUUUCUAAUAAUCAUGUGAUGAUGUUAUGGGAAGAAUGAGAUUCCAAGCUUGUAAGUGAAGAAAGAAUUGAUCCUAAGUUCCAUUGCGAGAGAGCAAGCUAAAGCAUACCGCCUGAAAUUCUAUAAAGCUGUACUUUUUAAGACCAUACUUCUUCUCAGCCAUUCAUUUGUCCAUAAACAUUUACUUGUUUUCAUUAUUAUCUCCUCUUUGGACUUCUGCACUUGAAAAGUGGAAAGAGCUUUCCCCAGCCUGAGUUUCCCGAAUUAUGUAUCCACAGAAGCAAGAAGUGAAAACUUCAAUUUCCA